CGCGCUUCGCGAGUGAAUAAUCCGCUACCGAAGGGCUGAAGCCAAAGCCAAAGGGCAGAGGGCGGUCGACUGGCCGCCGCCGGGCGCGGGUCGGGUGCUUCUCCUUUCAGACAGACCCGCGCGCGCGCGUUGCGUCCCAGCCGGGGAAAGUUUGCCUCUUGCCCUCUUGGCCAGCAGGACUAGCCUUCUGUGGCCAGGCGUCGGCGUGUCCCUUGGUGCUGCUGGGAGACCGACCAGCUCUUUUCAGGACGCCACCCCUCUGUCCACAGUGGAUGCAGUUUUUUCCUUCCCGGGGAGCACCGGAUAUCCUGGACCCUCCUCUUGCCCGUGGCACCUCUGGCACUGUUUGUUAGCCUGGAGCAGGAAGAGACCGUGAAGCCUCUAUCCCCUUCCAGGGGCCAGGGCGAGGGGCUCAGGCAUCAGCCAUGGAAAUGAAGGGCUUCCUCUGGAAAUUUAGCUUGGUCUUCCCUCUGCUGACGGGAAGCUGCCCGGGAGGCUGCAGUCACGUCUCCAGCAACCAAGUUGUUCUGCUUGAUACAACCACUGCAAUUGGAGAGCUAGGAUGGAAAACCUAUCCUCUAAAUGGGUGGGAUGCCAUAACAGAAAUGGACGAAUACAAUCGCCCAAUCCACACUUACCAGGUCUGUAAUGUUAUGGAAGCAAACCAAAACAACUGGCUUCGUACAAAUUGGAUCUCUCGUGAUGCAGCCCAGAAAAUUUAUGUGGAAAUGAAGUUUACACUGAGGGACUGCAACAGCAUUCCAUGGGUACUAGGGACAUGCAAAGAAACAUUUAAUCUCUAUUACCUGGAAACGGACGAAUCCCAUGGAAUUAAAUUCAAACCAAGUCAAUAUAGUAAAAUUGAUACCAUUGCAGCUGAUGAAAGUUUUACUCAGAUGGAUUUGGGUGACCGCAUCCUUAAAUUGAAUACAGAAGUUCGUGAGGUGGGACCAAUAAACAGGAAAGGGUUUUUUCUUGCUUUUCAAGACAUUGGCGCGUGCAUUGCUUUGGUCUCUGUCCGUGUUUACUACAAAAAGUGCCCUUUCACUGUUCGGAACUUGGCUAUGUUUCCUGAUACUAUUCCAAGGGUGGAUUCGUCCUCUUUAGUGGAAGUACGAGGGUCCUGUGUGAAAAGUGCUGAAGAACGAGACACUCCAAAAUUAUAUUGUGGAGCUGAUGGGGAUUGGCUUGUGCCUCUAGGACGAUGCAUCUGUAGUGUUGGGUAUGAAGAAAUGGAUGGUUCCUGCCAUGCUUGCAGGUCAGGAUUUUAUAAAGCAUUUGCUGGAAAUAUAAAAUGUUCCAAGUGCCCUCCACAUAGUCAAACUUUCGUAGAAGCAACAUCUGUGUGUCAGUGUGAAAAAGGUUACUUUCGGGCUGAGAAGGACCCACCAACUAUGGCAUGUACCCGACCACCUUCUGCUCCAAGAAAUGUUAUUUUUAACAUAAAUGAAACAGCUCUGAUGUUGGAAUGGAGCCCACCAAGUGACACAGGAGGGAGAAAAGACCUCACCUACAGUGUUAUUUGUAAAAAAUGUGGCUCUGAUGCCAGCCAGUGUGAGAUUUGUGGAGGAGGAAUCCGAUUCGUUCCAAGACACACUGGUUUAAUUAAUUCCUCAGUGACUGUGCUUGAUUUUGUGUCCCAUGUGAACUACACUUUUGAAAUAGAAGCCAUGAACGGAGUCUCGGAAUUAAGCUUUUCACCCAAGCAGUUCUCAGCUAUCACAAUUACAACAGAUCAGGAUGCACCAUCUUUGAUAGGUAUGGUCAGGAAGGACUGGGCUUCCCAAAACAGCAUUGCUCUCUCAUGGCAGGAGCCUGAUUUUCCUAAUGGAGGCGUUCUGGACUACGAGAUCAAGUACUAUGAGAAAGAACAUGAACAGCUCAGCUAUUCCUCCACAAGGUCAAAAGCUCCAAGUGUUAUUGUCACAGGUCUCAAACCAGCAACCAAGUACAUAUUUCACAUCAGAGUCAGGACUGCAACAGGAUACAGUGGCUAUAGCCAGAAGUUUGAAUUUGAAACCGGAGAUGAAACCUCAGAUAUAGCUGCAGAACAGGGGCAAAUUCUGGUAAUUGCCACUGCUGCCGUGGGAGGAUUCACUCUUCUUGUCAUUCUCACUCUGUUCUUCCUCAUCACUGGAAGGUGCCAGUGGUAUAUAAAAGCAAAAAUGAAGUCUGAAGAAAAACGAAGGGCUCAUUUGCAGAAUGGACACUUGCGAUUUCCAGGAACCAAAACAUAUAUUGAUCCUGACACGUAUGAAGACCCAUCACUUGCUGUCCAUGAAUUUGCAAAGGAGAUAGAUCCUUCACGGAUUCGUAUUGAGAGAGUUAUUGGGGCAGGUGAAUUUGGAGAAGUAUGCAGUGGUCGUCUGAAGACACCUGGGAAGAGGGAGAUUCCUGUUGCCAUAAAAACAUUGAAAGGGGGCUACGUGGAAAGACAGAGACGAGAUUUCCUACGAGAAGCUAGUAUUAUGGGACAGUUUGACCACCCAAAUAUUAUCCGCCUUGAAGGAGUGGUUACAAAAAGAGCCUUCCCGACCAUUGGGGUGAAGUCUCUUUGCCCAAGAUUCCUGAGGGAAGGAUUUUUAAAUAACAUUCCAGCCCCACAUCCUUUCUCAGGGGGAGGAUCUUUGCCCCCAAGGAUAUUCUCUGGCAGACCAGUAAUGAUUGUGGUUGAAUACAUGGAGAAUGGAUCCCUUGACUCCUUUCUACGGAAACAUGACGGCCAUUUUACUGUCAUUCAACUGGUUGGCAUGCUACGUGGGAUUGCUUCUGGAAUGAAAUAUCUCUCAGACAUGGGCUACGUACACCGUGAUUUGGCAGCUAGGAAUAUUUUGGUCAACAGCAAUCUCAUGUGUAAGGUGUCUGAUUUUGGAUUAUCACGUGUGUUAGAAGAUGAUCCGGAGGCAGCUUAUACAACCAGUGGUGGAAAAAUUCCCAUAAGAUGGACAGCACCUGAAGCUAUAGCCUACAGGAAGUUUUCUUCAGCAAGUGAUACAUGGAGUUAUGGGAUUGUCAUGUGGGAAGUAAUGUCAUAUGGAGAAAGGCCAUAUUGGGAGAUGUCUAACCAAGAUGUCAUUCUGUCCAUAGAAGAAGGCUACAGACUCCCAGCUCCCAUGGGCUGCCCUGCUUCUCUUCAUCAACUAAUGCUUCAUUGCUGGCAAAAAGAAAGAAACCACCGGCCGAAGUUCACAGACAUUGUCAGCUUCCUAGACAAAUUGAUACGUAACCCCAGCUCUCUUCAUACUCUAGUGGAGGAUAUACUUGUAAUGCCAGAUUCACCUGGUGAAAUUCCUGAAUUCCCUUUCUUUGGAUCAGUCAGUGACUGGCUGGACUCAAUAAAAAUGGGCCAAUACAAAAAUAACUUCAUGGUAGCAGGGUAUACAACUAUGGAGCUUGUUUCAAGAAUGAAUAUUGAUGACAUUAGAAGAAUUGGUGUUGUACUUAUUGGGCACCAGAGACGAAUAGUGAGCAGUUUGCAAACUUUGCGAUUACACAUGAUGCACAUACAAGAGAAAGGAUUUCAUGUAUGAAAAUUCUAGAAACAACUCUGUUUUGUGCCUCAACAUUUCUAAAAUGAAAGACACUCUCAUUCCUUCUUUCUGCUCUUCCCAGCUUCAAGAAAUGCAACCUCCUAAUCAUACAGGAAACACAUAAUGUUUACGUUAAUACUUCCAGCUUGGAAUUUUUAACCUCACUUCAUAGUUUCUCUCUCAGUUAACUGCCAAGAAGAUCCUGGCCCACUGCAAGAUUGUGGCUGCACACUGGUGAACAGCUCAGCAUGGAUUUACAGUUCUGUACAGCAGUAAAGUAUCUGGAAAGCUUUCCCUGACUUCUAUGAAAGUUUAAAGUCCUCUCGGCUUAGAGUGGCUACCUUCUUGAUAUAUUAAAGUUCAAUGAUAGAGUUUAAAAAAUUAACUUUCUUUUCAUGUUUUGUGACCAUUUAGCUUCCAAUAUAACAUGUGCAAUCAAGAAAAAAGAGUUUGACAUAAAUAUUUAUUUUAUUGUUGACUAAAUCCCAAAUGUAUGGGUUGUAUUGUUACAUUUACUUUGUAAUAGUUGAAUUGCUGGUAUGGAGAGUCUUAGAAUUUUUGGCCAAAACGACCAAUGACAACUUAUAGUGAAUACUUG